AUGAUGAUUCGGAAAUCAGUUUUGGAUUCGCAGUCAAUAGUGGACGUAAUUAAAGUUGUGUAUCUGAGAUGCACAGGUGGUGAAGUUGGUGCCACAUCAUCUUUGGCCCCUAAAAUUGGCUCUUUGGGUUUGUCUCCAAAGAAAGUUGGUGAUGACAUUGCCAAAGCAACUGAUGACUGGAAGGGUUUGAGAUUCAAAGUGAAGUUCACUAUCCAGACCAGAUAGGCCCAGAUAGAAGUAGUGCCCUCAGCAUCUGCCCUGAUAAUCAAAGCCCUAAAGGAACCACCUUGUGACAGGAAGAAGCAGAAGAACAUUAAGCACAGUGGAAGCAUCUUCUUCAACAAGGUGGUGAAUAUUGCCAGAUAGAUGAGGCACCGUUCACUUGCCAGGGAACUUUCUGGUAUAAUUAAAGAGAUCCUUGUCACAGCCUAGUCUAUUGGAUGCAACAUUGGUGGCAUGCCGCCUCAUGACACAAUUGAUGAUAUAAACAUUGGUAAAAUUGAAUAUCCUUCAGAUUGA